GAAGCGGAAAUCAGCCGAGCCGUGCCGCCUUCCUGAGGGCCAGGCCGAGCCGUGCCGAGCCGAGCCGGCAUGGGCGAGAGCACCAGUCCCAUCAGCGUCAUCCUGGUCAGCUCGGGCAGUCGCGGCAACAAGCUGCUCUUCCGCUUCCCCUUCCAGCGCGGCGCCGAGCACCCCGCUGCCCAGGCCAAUAAACCAAGGAGUCGAUAUGCUGUGAAUAGCUCUGGUGACACCUCAGAGGAUCAAGAUGGGGACUCCAGAGACCAAUGUCCUCUAACUGAUGAGCAAUUGGUUUCAGGGUUUUCAGAUGUCAUCCUGGCAACAAUUUUGGCUACAAAGUCAGAUAUGUGUGGCAAAAAAUUUGAACUGAAGAUUGAUAAUGUUCGCUUUGUCGGCCACCCUACAUUGCUUCAGCAUGCCCUUGGGCAGGUAUCCAAAACUGAUCCCUCGCCAAAGAGAGAGAUGCCCACUAUGAUUCUGUUCAAUGUGGUGUUUGCCCUAAGGGCCAAUGCAGAUCCAUCAGUGAUAAACUGCUUACACAACCUUUCCCGUCGAAUCGCCAUCGUCUUGCAGCAUGAGGAGCGCCGCUGCCAGUACCUGACCAGGGAGGCCAAGCUGAUCUUAGCAAUUCAGGAUGAAGUGUCUGCCAUGUCAGAAACCACAGAAGGGCCACAGUCACCUUUUCAUCAUAUCCUGCCCAAGUGCAAAUUGGCCAGAGAUCUCAAAGAGACUUAUGACAGUCUCUGUACAACAGGAGUGGUCCGAUUACAUAUCAACAACUGGCUGGAAGUGAGUUUCUGCCUGCCUCAUAAAAUCCAUUAUGUUGCAACAAACUUUAUUCCUCCAGAAGCAAUUGAGAGAAGCUUGAAAUCUAUCAGGCCUUACCAUGCCUUAUUACUUCUAAAUGAUGAGAAGUCGUUGCUUAAUGAGCUCCCAUUGGACUGCUCUCCUGCCCUGGUGAGAGUAAUUAAAACUACCUCUGCUGUGAAGAAUUUGCAGCAACUGGCUCAAGAUGCUGACUUGGCAUUGCUGCAGGUUUUUCAGCUUGCUGCACAUCUUGUUUACUGGGGAAAAGCAAUUAUUAUUUAUCCGCUGUGUGAAAACAAUGUCUACAUGCUUUCUCCAAAUGCCAGUGUCUGUCUUUACUCUCCAUUAGCAGAUGCAUUUUCUUGUCAGUUCCGGGGCCACAAUCUGCCAUCGAUGCUUUCCAAGUUCUCCCUCCCAGUGUCACUCUCAGAGUUCAAGAAUCCACUUGCGCCGCCUGUUCAGGAGACUCAGCUCAUUCAAAUGGUGAUAUGGAUGCUCCAACACCGGCUUCUUAUUCAGCUUCACACUUAUGUCUGUCUGAUGGUGCCACCAAACGAGGAGGAUUUCCGGGCCCAGGAGGAAGACAUGCCCUUUACUGCCAGAGUUGGAGGCCGAAGUUUAAGCACCCCCAAUGCUCUCAGCUUUGGCUCUCCAACUAGUAGUGAUGACAUGACUCUGACAAGUCCUAGCAUGGACAAUUCCAGUGCUGAGUUGAUACCUGGUGGGGACUCACCCCUAAAUAAAAGGAUGACAGAGAAUCUCCUAGCAAGCUUGUUGGAACACGAGCGGGAAGCUAUCCUCAAUGUCCCUGCUGCCCAAAAUCCAGAAGAUCUUCGCAUGUUUGCAAGGCUGCUGCACUACUUCCGAGGACGACACCAUUUGGAGGAGAUCAUGUACAACGAGAACAUGCGUCGCUCCCAGCUGCUGAUGCUGUUUGACAAAUUCCGCAGUGUCCUGGUAGUGACCAGCCAUGAGGACCCCGUGAUUUCAGUUUUCCAGUCCCUCUUAAAAUGACUGGCAAAAGCCUGCCACACGCUUGAUAUUCUAGGAGAUGCUUAAAACAUACAAGAUGAAUUCAAUUCCUUCUUGCCAUGUGACACAGAGCAGGUUCUCCCCCUCCGUGCCUCCAUUUCCCAUCUUCAUCCUGUGGUUACAGCUGAGGCCAGUCUAUGUGAGGGGCUGUAGGGCCUGCUGCAGGACAGUGUGUGCUUGCUCAGCUUGGAUUCCUGCCAUGCCCCGUGCACAGCAGGGGAGCUGCUGUUUCACUGCUUCCUACUCCUUUACUAGGGCUUCUAAGUGUGAUCCAAGAAGAUUUUGAACUGCAGUGUUACUGACAGUACUUUGGGUGGACAUUUUGCAGCAGAAAUGCUUUUUCUGCUCUCUGGCAGCAUGACUGCUGGGUCAUUUAGCCGUGGGCACCGUUCGUGGGCAGCCUCUCCCCACAGCAGACCGUGCUUGGCCUCUGCUCAAGGGCAGAGCAAAGUUGGCCUGGCUUUUAGGGAAAUGUCCCUGGGUGCCGAGGAAUUCUGUUUGAUCAUCGUUAUCUGGCAGCAGUGGGGACCUAACUAAGAAUGCAAAGUAUCACAAGUAAACAGUUCCAUGAAUGAAAAUGA